AUGCUAUAUGACUUUCACCAUACGGAGAAUAAGAAGAAGCCGCAGAGUGUGAAUGCGACCUACAUUAUUACCGGGAUUCAGAAACCACCAGAGAAGGAUACAAACGGUGUUCAUGCUGAGAACCAUGACGAUGGAGACGAUAUCAUGCAGGGCAGCCCUUUCUUACCUAGCUCGAUGCCAAAUCAGGAUGCGGCUUCCGACGAGGUACCAACGACCUCGAUAAUUCUCGCGCGCGAAGAAGAUCUAGAUGGCAAGUGCUUGCGAUUAGCAAGACCAAACUUACAGCCCGCGGUUUUACAGGAUCUCAACGUGCUCACCGACGUCCAUCGAGAGAUGCUGGCCGCUCAUGCUCAUGAAGAUCCUUUAGAAUACGGAAAGCAAUGGGGAAUGAUUCAAAACAAGAACGUCAAGAGGAGAACAGGCGUGCGGCCCCCUGCACCAGCACCCGCCCCGGCCCCGAAAAAUGCGGCUCCCUCGAAACGGCCGUUACAGGACGAAGCGACACAAAAAGUAAAGUCGGAGAGCAAGAAGGCCGAACAUGCAGCACCGACACCUCAAACAAAGGCUGAAGAGAAACCACCUGUCAAACCUAGUGAAAAGACUGCGCCGUUGAAGAGGGAGAAGAGUGACCUAUUCAGCUCUUUUGCGAAGGCAAAACCAAAACAGAAGAAAGAAGGAUCAGCGACCCCUGCUGUUUCUGGUGCCGAAUCGGCCGAGCCUAGCGGUGCAGAAGAUGUGGUUCUGGGGGAUGCCUCUGAUGAGGAGGAACCCGAAGAGCUCUUCCCUGACUCUGGGAAGUCAUCGACGGCCAACAACCGUGAGACGAGAAAAGAACGAGAAGAGAGGCUCAGGAAGAUGAUGGAGGAUGAGGACGACGACGAUGAGGAGAUGGCAGAUGUUCCAGAACCUCCCGUAGAGGAAGAAAAAACUAUCGACCAGCCACCGCCCAAGGAGGAACCCAGGGAAGAGAUAACAGUGUCAGGAGGCCGCCGAAGAGGUAGACGCAAGGUCAUGAAAAAGAAGACCGUCAAGGACGAGGAAGGCUACCUUGUGACCGUAGAGGAGCCGUCAUGGGAGUCAUUCUCAGAGGAUGAACCCGCACCACCGCCUAAGAAAAAGCCAGCCUUGAGUGCGCCGAAGGGCAAGGCCGGAGGGAAGGCCGGUCAAGGCAACAUCAUGUCAUUUUUCUCCAAGAAGUAA